GCCAGGCUGGGAAAGUCUGCCGUCUGUUUGUACUCGCUGGCGACGCGGGAGUGAUCGGUCGGUCCUCGAGCUGUGCUGCUUCAGAAAUUUCUGUGUUUUAGUGUUCCCACUUUGCAAAAUCAGCGCCGCCCACAGCCACCAGGAUGUCCGUGGCCCCCUUCGUCCUCACGCGACCCGCCUACAGUCUGCUAAACACCCUCAACGUCCCCAUCACGACCACGAACCCCGCGACGGGCGUGGACACCCUCAGGGGCUUCGUCAGCAUCGUCGUCCCCAUCACCGUGCUGCUGGACACGCUGCUGGAGGAGACGACGAAGGGAAGGAGUUUCAGCGAUGACCAGGCGGGUGUGUACGGGGCCCUUGAGAGGCGCAUCUCAUCCAACUUCGGAGUGGACGGAAGGGCGUGCAUACUCAGGUUCAUCUGCGAGUUGCAACGGAGACCCAUCAGCGAGUGGACGGUGGCUGGCCAGCUCCUGACGGUGCUCUUCACCCCGCGCCUCGGAGGAGGAUCCUCGGAUAUGGAGCUCCUCAAGGAGUACUUCACCGCGCAGAGGUUGGGUCUCAAGGACGAGGUGGACUGCGAGGCGAUGUACGGCACCUGCCCCGUCAGCGUCUUCCGGUACUUCGAUUCCCUCAAGAACAUGACGGCCGCGCAAGACGCCAGCUCGCAGAAGAAACUCUACGAUUUACAUGUCUUGUAGGUGGACGGCCCUCUUGUGCCGGAGGUCACGUUUUUUAUACCAUUGUUAUUUAUACUAUUUAUUAUUUAAUAUGUUUUCGAACUAUU